CAGUCCACGAGCUAAACAUUCCGAAAAAACCCUCCAGACAAGGCAAAUAAACUCGAUUCUUUAAACUUGAAGCCAUUUAUUAUCAUCUGUCCGCCGGUGAUCAUGUCCACUGAAGAACUGCUGUCUGUAGAUUAUGAGGUGUAUGGGAGGGUGCAGGGGGUGUUCUUUCGAAAAUACACACAGUCAGAGGGGAAGAAACUGGGUGUGGUGGGCUGGGUGCAGAACACCGAUGCUGGGACGGUUCAGGGGCAGCUCCAGGGUCCCGCCUCUAAAGUCCAACAGAUGCAGAAGUGGCUUCAAACCACCGGCAGCCCUCAGUCGAGAAUCUCCAAAGCCGAGUUCAAGAACGAGUGCACCAUUGACAAGAAGGAUUUUAAGGAUUUCAAAAUUGUUCGUUAAUGAAAAUAACCAAUCAGUCAGUAUUUAUUUCAAUAGAUAUUUAUUUUAAUGUUUAAAAAUCUUGAAUUAGUAGAAAAUCUCACUCCUGUAACUUUGUUUUCACAAAUAUGCUAGCUAUAUUGACAUCAAACACCACAUGCUCCCAUUCUACUGUGUUUGUAAAGUACAGAACAGCUACUGUAAUCAUUUUGUUUUUGAAAACUAUAUUUGAGAAUUAAGGCAAAUAUUAUUACAUUUUUGUACAGACAUUGUACAAAGAGUUGCAAAGACAAUAUUGCCAUUAAAUAAUCAAUGUAGCAAGAAAGAGUUAUGAAAAUAUACUCUUGACGUGCUUUCUCUUGAAGUUCCAUAAUAUUUGAGGAACGAAUACACACACACACACGCAGUUAAAGUCAGAAGUUUACACACACCUUAAUUUCAUUCCCUGUCUUAGGUCAGUUAGGAUCACAACUUUAUUUUAAGAGUGUGAAAUGUCAGAAUAAUACUAGAAAUCAGUAUUUCUUUCAGCUUUUAUUUCUUUCAUCACAUUCCCAGGUCAGAAGCUUACAUGCACUUUGUUAGUAUUUGGUAGCAUUGCCUUUAAAUUGUUUAACUUGGGUCAAACAUUUUGAGUACCCUUCCACAAGCUUCUCACAAUAAGCUGCUGGAAUUUUGGCCCAUUCCUCCAGACAGAACUGGUGUAACUGAGUCAGGUUUGUAGGCCUCCUUGCUCGGACACCAUUUUUCAGUUUGACCUCAGAUUGAGGUCAGGGCUUUGUGAUGGCCACUCCAAUAAGUUGAUUUUGUUGUCCUUAAGCCAUUUUGCCACAACUUUGGAGGUAUCUUGGGAUCAUUGUACUUGUGUACUAUUGUUUGUACAGAUGAACAUGGUACCUUCAGGCAUUUUGAAAUUGCUCCCAAGGAUGAACCAGACUUGUGGAGGUCCACAAUUAAUUUUCUGAGGUCUUAGUUGAUCUCUUUUGAUUUUCCUAUGAUGUCAAGCAAAGAGGCAAUUAGUUUGAAGGUAGGCCUUAAAAUACAUCCACAGGUAUACCUCCAAUUCAGUACACAUCCUAUCAGAAGCUAAUGGUGUAGGCUUGACAUCAAUUUCUGGAAUUUUCCAAGCUGCUUAAAAGGCACAAUUAACUUUUGUGUAUGUAAACUUCUGACUUCAACUGUAUAUACAUACACUGUAUAUAUUCAAUAAUAUUAGUUUUGAAGGUUUAAACAUAGUUAGUUUCUUGAUGAAAUUAACAAUGAUGAAAUAUAUCAAUCGAUAAGUAUGAGUACAGUAAAACCCAGUACAAAUUAGCCAAAAAUCAAACGAUAAUGAUAAAUUGGUGUACAACCAAUGUAAGGAUUUUAUCUGAUGGUUCAGUCAGUCAAAUAGUUCAGAUUUGUACUUGUCCUGCCAACAUUUGUUACUGUGACCCCUCUAAAAAUGUAUGUCACAGUUUGUCACAAUUUUGACCGAAACAUCUGUGUUUAGAAAAUGUGGCAAUAAUGACAUUUACAUUUUUCCUGUAUUGAACAAUGUUUCAGACUUCACACUGGUCCUGUUGUUUCUUCAGUUCAACGGCUUUGAUUUGACCAGUUUUGCAAUAUUGAAUUGUGGCAAAUGAAAUCAACACUCCAUUAUUUAUAAGGAUUAUUAUUUUCUUUUUUAAUUAACUAAAAACAACAACAAAAGCACUGAGACUAUCGACACUACUGAUACAUGCUGCAUGUAUUCAUUAGCAGAUGUAUAAUGUUCUCUAGAGGAGAAUUAAUGUUGAAAAAAUUUUACCAAUUUAAAAAUCAUGUUUUCUCAUUCAGU